AUGGCAGCAAUGAAAAGUGAGAAACCUCCUACACCAUCCAAAAGCUGCAAGGAAUAUUCUCUGUAUGCUGCACGUCUCUAUGAUGCAGAAAACCUACAGACCCCUCUGAGAAGCCUUUCAGGACUUUGUAUUGACUACUGCUCCGAGUUUCACCUCCACUGCUUCUCUGCCAUCCACCUGCUGACCAGUGACAAGCACAUCCAGGAGUGCUGUGAGACAAACAGGAACCACUUCUGCCACCUCCUGCAGUUCCAGGAUGAGAAUUACUGCUUCCCCCAGGUGCUGCAGAACUUGGCCCUGAGCCGUAGCCUAGGCUCAGUGCUGGAGAAUCGUGGAGGCUGUCUCCAGCUGUGCCUGGCUGAGGUUGCCAGUGGCCUGAGAAACCUAGUGCUGAUGGCCCACGCUGCUGACCGGACCCACUACACCUUCAUAGCUGAGCAGCUGGGCCUCGUCUGGGUUUCCCUACCCAAUGGUAGCCAGCUGGAGUUGCCAUUCCUGGAUAUUCAGAGCAUAGUGCUGGCGACCCUGUGGCCGGGGGAUAAGAGGGGCUUCCUGGGGAUGGCUUUCCACCCCAAGCACAAGGACAAUGGGAAGUUUUAUAUCUGUUACUCAUACAUGGCUAAGACAUGGCUAAGAACUGAAGAAAAGAUCAGAUGCAGUGAAUUUAAGGUUUUGGCAUCUGAUGCCAACAAAGCUGACCCAAGCUCUGAAAGGAUUCUCCUGUAGCUUGAAGAACCAGCUGCAAAUCACAAUGAUGGGCAGCCUUUUGGUGUGGAUGGCUAUUUGUAUGUGUUCACAGGGGAUGGAGGGAAAGCUGGAGACCGUUUUGGAAAACUUGGGAAUGCUCAGAAUAGGAGCACUUUGUCGGGGAAAGUGUUGAGGAUUGAUGUGGAUGGAAGAAGCCCUGAUGGAAAGCCUUACUGCAUCCCUCCUGAUAAUCCAUUAGUGUCUGAUCCCAAAGCCUGCCCGGAGGUUUAUUCCUAUGGGGUUAGGAAUAUGUGGUGUUGUGCAGUGGACAGAGGGGACCCUAUCACAAAAAAAGGAAGAGGGAGAAUAUUCUGUGGGGAUGUCAGGUAGAACAGGUUUGAGGAAACUGACCUCAUUGUUAAAGGAGGGAUCUAUGGCUGGAGAGCAAAGGAGGAGUUUGAAUGCUACGACAUCUUGUAUUUGCAGGGUUCCCAGACAAAUGAAGGAAUGAUGAAUCUGACUCCAUGUUCUUAG